AUGGGGACGCCGGCGGCGGGCCCCAAGUGCCGCAACGCCUUUCCCGCGCGCGCGCUCUGCAAGUUCGUCGACGACCUGGCGACCACCAUGCGAGUCGCCGUCGACACGAGCGACGGGAAGCUCGUUCGCAUCGGCGUUUACCAGAUUUACCAGAAGUUUCAUCGGGACCUGCCGCCAACGAAGCAGUACGCAUACGGUCUGAACCAGCGCACUGCUGCGUUCCCCGGCCCCACCAUCCUGGCCCAGAAAGGCAAAGACACUCAGAUCUUUUGGUCAAACCACAUCAAGGACAAGAAGCAUAUGAUCCAGCUCGACGACACGCUCAUGAUCCCCAUGCCCAAGAAAGGGGGCGUGCCCAUCGUUCCCCAUCGCCACGGCGGGGAGACUCACAGCACAUAUGACGGCCACCCACAGGCCUGGUUCACCCAGUUUGGGGAAUCAGGGCCUACCUUCUCCACCCGGCUUUACCACUACCACAACAGCCAGCGACCCUCUAUCGUGUGGUACCACGACCACGCCAUUGCUAUAACGAGGAUAAACGUCAUGGCGGGAAUGGCGGGCUUGUACGUUAUAAUGGAUCCGAAAGGCGAGGAGAAGGAGAUUAACAAGUGGGCGCCGCUGCCGGGCGGGCCGUUCGUCAUGCCUCUUGCCAUCGCGGACCGGAUGUUUUUCCCCAACGGGUCGGUGAACUAUCCAGUUGACGGGGUUGUUCCGAAGGAGCACCCGCACUGGCAGCCGGAGUUUUUCGGAGACACGAUCACCGUGAAUGGGAAGGUCUGGCCGUACUUCCGGGUUCGGAGAGCGCUGUACCGGCUGCCGAUCCUGGGGGCGUCCAAUGCGCGCUUCUACCAUCUGCGCUUUCAGUGCGCCGUGAGGGGGGACUAUCACGACUUCAAGCCUCCUUUCAGGGGACCCAUCAUCCCCAUGACUCAGAUCAACUCUGACCCCCCCUACCUGCCUCACCCACUGCGCAUGCCACGUGUGCUGAUUGGCAGUGACAGCGGCUACCUCGCUCGUCCGCUGCACAUGAAGGACGUGCUGAUGGCACCGGGGGAGCGAUAUGACAUCGGCAGCGACGGGGGUUAUCUCGCUCGCCCACUCCGCAUGAAGGAAGUGCUGGUGGCGCCGGGGGAGCGGCUUGAUAUGCUCGUGGAUUUCAACGAGGCGCCCUCCUGGUGCCGUGACGUGCUGCUGACGAAUGAUGCUCGCGCGCCCUACCCUGCUGGCGAGCGUGUGAGUCCCGGCACAGCUGUCAUCAUGCGAUUCAUUCUCACCAAGCGCAAGGCCAUCCCGGCCCCGCCCCUCCCCAAGAUGAUUUCUGUGAGUGCGCUCGCUACCAAGAGUCCCCUUGAACCAGGUCUCCUGGAUGCGCUGCACAUGCUAGGGGAAUGGCCCCUGGCGCCCUUGCCAUUCAACCAGGUGACCAAAUCGCGCUGGCACGUGCUGGGAGAGAGGGUAGACCCAGACAGUGACAUGCCCACCACCAUCGUUCUCUCUCCGCCCUACUCACCUCUAACCCCCUCUAACCCCCUCUACACCUCUCCACACCCUUCUACUCCUCUCCCCCCCUCCCCUCCCCCCAGCCCCUGGCGGCCUUGCCUUUCAAGCAGGGGUGGUGGGGUGCGAGAGAGGGGAGUGACGUUAGACCUAGACCCGGAAACUGACAUGCCCACUGUCAUCCAGCUCAAGUGGAGUGGGUAUUUUCAGCCUGCUACUGAGAUCCUCUCGAAUGGAGCAGUAGAGGUGUGGCACAUCAUCAACCCCUCAGCCGACACCCACCCCAUCCACCUCCACUUAACAACUCCCCUCUCCCUGCUGCUUACCUUCCCCACCCCCAUGCAAGCAGGGAGCAGUAGAGGUGGAGCAGUAGAGGGAGCAGUAGAGGUGUGGCACAUCAUCAACCCAUCGGCCGACUCACACCCCAUCCACCUGCACCUGCUGCAGCACCGCCCGUUCGCCCGCCGCUCCUUCAACUCUGAAGCCUUCCUCUCGGACGACUUCUCAGUGCUCACAACUGGGGAGGUGCUAUCCAUCCUCGUGGCCGUCGCUCUCAGGUGUGUAAUGGCAUCAUCACCCCCUCUCCCCUCUCUUAUCCUGCCUACUCUCGCUCUAUCACCUUCUCCCCCCUUCACUUCCCUCCUCCCCUCUCUCCCUUACCCCAUCCUUCUCCCCACACCCUCCCCCCCCCCCCCCCCCCCCCCCCCCCCCCUCCUCUACACAUCACCCUUCCCUCCCAUGGCAGGAAGGGAAGCUGUUUCGUUUGAACCGUCACAGGGCCUGGGAUACGACGGGAAGCCCUUUGAGUUUGACCCGUCAGUGGGUCCGGGGUAUGUGUGGCAGCGCCACUUCCUGGAGCAUGAGGACAACGACAUGAUGCCCCAUCCCCCCCUCCUCUCCCCUUCCCCUCCCUCCUUUCCCCUCCCCCCCCUCCUUUCCCCUUCCUCCCCCUCCUUUCCCCUCCCCGCCCUCCUUUCCCCUUCCUCCCCCUCCUUUCCCCUCCCCUCCCAUAUGGCAGGACGGCAAGCCCUUCAAGAUGGGAAGCCGUUUUCAUUCGACCCGUCGCAGGGCCCAGGGUACGUGUGGCACUGCCACAUCCUCGAACACGAGGAUAAUGACAUGAUGCGCCCGCUGCUCGUGCGCAAGUGA